GAGCACCGGUCCUCACGUUUGGAGUUGUAUUAGUUCACUGCUCAUUAUCAUCGAUUCCACUGAGGACAGAUGGUCGUUUUCUUAUUUUGUAUGCCAAGUUGGAUGCUUUCAUCUUUUUCCAACUCUCUACUUUUAAUUCUCAACACAGAGUCCGUUUCCAGGUCGGAUCAUUCUCGGAGUUUCCUGCCCCGAGCUCUGUUUUCUGUGCCGUGAAUAUUUGUCUCCAGUUGCUACAUCCCCACGCGCACGACCAUGCGCGCCUCUCCCCGGUGAGAACAGGAUGCCCACUCUGUGAAGCCUCGCCGGGCAGGAUGGACGGAUGGAUGGGCGGACAUGUCUAAAGGCGCACUGGAAUAACACAGCGAGCUGAAAAGAGGAUCAGCGUCCUUUCUCGGCUGUUUUUGUCUUGGAGUUCAUUUUUUUCCCCCCCCCCCCCUCGCCACCACCUAUCUCUGGAAUUGUUACAUUCAGUGGCGCAACAUUUUUUUUUCUUUCGGCUUUGAUCACCUGCUAUGCGUCUGGCGUGGAACACACCUGGUGGAAGGUGUGCAGCGGGGUCCAGCCCGAGACAACAGGACAUCCGCAACUGAAGAGAGAAAUAGAAAGAAAAGAAAAAAAAGAAGCCCCGUUUUCUUCUUUUGAAUCUUUCUCUACUCUGUGCGUAAUGCACGUGGAAUGAAGACAGAGGAUGGAUAUCAUUUGGGAAAUACUGAUUAUUCUUCACGCCAACGUGAUCGUCUGCAUAUCAGCGCAGCCGAAUCAGCCGAAAAUUCACGAAGGAUGGUGGGCGUACAAGGAGGUGGUGCAGGGGAGCUUCGUCCCAGUGCCGUCGUUCUGGGGGCUGGUAAACUCGGCCUGGAACCUGUGCUCGGUGGGGAAGAGGCAGUCGCCAGUCAACAUCGAGACCAGCCACAUGAUCUUUGACCCCUUCCUCCAACCCAUAAAGCUGAACACCGGCGGACGCAAGGUGGGAGGGACCAUGUACAACACGGGCCGCCACGUCUCCCUGCGAUUGGACAAGGAGCAUCUGGUGAACAUCUCCGGAGGGCCGAUGACGUACAGCCACCGCCUGGAGGAGAUCCGGCUACACUUUGGCAGCGAGGACGGCCAGGGCUCCGAACACCUGCUGAACGGACAGGCCUUCUCCGGAGAGGUUCAACUGAUUCACUACAACCAUGAGCUGUACACAAAUUAUACAGAAGCUGCUAAAAGCCCCAAUGGAUUGGUCAUAGUGUCCAUAUUCAUGAAGAUUGCUGAGACAUCAAACUCAUUCCUGAAUCGAAUGCUGAACAGAGACACCAUCACAAGAAUAACAUACAAAAAUGACGCGUAUCUACUGACUAACCUGAACAUAGAGGAGAUUUACCCAGAGACGAUUAGUUUUAUCACAUACGAGGGAUCGAUGACCAUCCCCCCAUGCUUUGAGACCGCCACAUGGAUCCUGAUGAACAAGCCGGUGUACCUCACACGCAUGCAGAUGCACUCCUUGCGGCUGCUGAGCCAGAACCAGCCGUCUCAGAUCUUCCUGAGCAUGAGCGACAACGUUCGCCCGGUCCAGCCGCUGAACAACCGCUGCAUCCGCACCAACAUCAACUUCAGUGUGCAGGGCAAAGACUGCCCCAACAACAGGGCUCAGAAGCUCCAAUACCGAGUGAACGAGUGGUUGCUAAAGUAGCCUCCCUUGGAUGAGCAUGGAGACGGGUGUCGGGAGCGACGGAGAGAGCGGGAAGAGGGGUGAGGAGGAAGGGAGGACGGAGGAGGAGGGAGAGAGAUGUGAAACGGGGCUAAAGGCUGCAUCUCAUCCCAGAUUACUUCAUGGCAUUGUAUAAAGAACAACACCGGACAUUGUACCGAUUAAGGAACUUUGUAUCGCGAGCGAAGAGACUCUUCUUUUCAUACAUCGAGAACAGUUUGAACCCCUUGGAUCUAGCACAAGCUAACAAGCCCUUUCCCCCCACACACUGUUCAACUAUAACUAUACGGACAUUUUGAUACCAAAACUUUUUGGGGGAGAAAACCAAAAGAAGACACUUGGAAACAAAGUUUAAAAAAAAGAAAAAAAAACAGGGAAGCAUUUAUUUGAUAGCCUCCCAACCAAUAGGUAACGUUGGGACUUUAAAGCCUUUGUACAUAAAAAAUGUUGCUGACAGUGGGAAAAUGAGUCACUGCCCCCAUCCUUCCGGUCAAGAUGAAGUGGUCGACGUGCAGUCCCACGCAGACAUUUCAUUACCCACAAGGCAUGCUAUCAGCAAAACCGACGAGAGGAAACACAGCCUUACUGUACCUUGUCAUUUUUUCCAAAACUAGUCAUGUCACAGGAGACGAGCAAAUACUUACAGGCUUUCCCCACGGCCUCAGAACAACCAGUGUCUUGGCCUCGUUUGUACAUAUUAUAAUUAUCAAUAAUGCAGAAAAAUGAAUAUGUAAAGAAAAGUUAUGAAUCAACAUUCAAAAGAUAUAUUAAGACGAUUUAAAAAAACAAAAGAAAAAAACAAGUUGAGAAUUUUAAAAAGCUUGGCGCACUUUGAAUUCCUGAGCGGUUCUCAGUCUGAGCUGAUGCCUUUUUUCUGUUUUAUUGUUUACAAUGGUCAUACACUGUGUUUGAGUAAUGUUAUCAGCCCAAUAAAUGUGU